CAUGCGAGUGCAAUUUCAUUUUUUGAUUAACGAGAAGGAGGUUAGAAAACAAGUACCAUGAGGGCAUCGGUGGCACAUUUAACAAACAAUCUGAAAGAUUUGCACCUCAAUGAUUUAUAGGCCUGCCAAAUUAAAGAAGAGCAGCCUCUUAUCUCGAUUGUAAAGCCAGGUUAACGAAGAUGGAGUCAGUGAGGCAAAAGUCACCACGCCUUCAGCAGGCUGGAUCUUCUACAGAUGACAGAAAAGAAACAAAGUCAAAGGGGUUUAAUCUGAACUAUAUGCACAACCCCCCAACAAUUAUGCCGAAUUUGGGGAAGAAAAGGAAAAGCGCGCUCCCCAAAACAAAUGUAUCACGUGUAUUGUUGUAUGACAACGUUACACAGCAACAGAUGCUUGAUGUCAAACUCUCGCACAUCAAAGUGGAACAACAUCGUUCGUGUCGUCUGCUAGACCUGCACAAGAAAUCGUUCCUAACACGUCAGAAGAGACGUCAACAAAGACUUCAAGAAGCUGGAAUAACACUUCCGGAAAUCGAACCGAAACCCAAAUCUUCUUCAUCUCCCACGAGAAUACCAAGCAGGACGUCCGUCAAGUCUCCGGAGAGACAACCAACGGAAAUAACCGAGGAACUAGAGACACUGAAGCUACCUUCCCUAGAAGACAAUGACAAUAAUAACAAACGCCAUGUGAUAUUCAAAUUAAAGGAUGCUAAUGGACAUACUCAAGUAUUUCAUACAUAUGAUGAAGAGAAUGGAAUAUUUUCUGAAAUUGUUCCUCUGCAUUCAUUUUAUGCAAAGACUACCGAUGACCCGCGGUUUCAAGGUCUAGAGGGCGCUUUGGUGAAAUCUGCAGCGCCAUCUGAAGGAUUUAACGAACUUAGCCCCAGUUUCCGCCGCGAAAGCACAAAGUAUCCGGAACAUUUGAUAGCGUUCAUACACAUGAAUCAACCUUAGUUGCUUCUCUGACUAGGGCCUGUUAUAUUGUUUUGCAUAAUCCUGUUGAGAAGUUCAAGAGAUUAGAUAAAUGUGGGAAAGUUU